CCCCUACCUGUUCAUCCCGACAGCUUGUUGAACAGAUAACACGCAGGUGUCAGCAGAGAGGGAGAUAAAGACAGCGCCUGCUAUCAAGAAGCCGAUUAUACACAAACCUAUGCGGGUUUCAUCCCGUUCUCCGUGUAAUAACUGACGCGUGAUUUGACGACAAGACAACCGGCGCGCUCGUUUCGAGGAGGUUUUGCCAACGGGCGAAAUGGUGAAUGUGUGGAAAGUGGAUACGGGGGAAUAACACUGACAAUAAAUGCACUUAUUCCCAGAGGAACUUUCCAAGGGCGGAUGAAUUACGCAGAGAGGAACGUCUGGAUUCUCCUUGGAAGUUUUGGGAGUCCGUUUGUACUGGUAAAAGUGCUAGUUGAGACCUAAUGCUUUGUGUUCAUAUAUUACUCAAGAAAGAGUUUAAAAAGAAGGUUAUGAGUAUUUAAAGACAAACUAACAAGUACAUUCAUCUUAAAGAAGUGUUAAAGUCAUAUUUAGACCUUUUCAUAUUGAAAACCUAUGGUUUCCAAAUACAAAACGAUUCUGGAUUUGGAAAGCAUCAUGUCCUCAUUGUCAUCUUGAGACUCCAUCUGCCAAACCUGAACCUGCACUAACAUCAGAUCUGAAUUAUGGAUGGUGAUGGACAGCCUCCGGCCUCAAAUGGUGACUCGAAGCUCCGCUCCAGAGGGGGCUUCUCCCUCACCAACUGGCGUUCCUCUUCGAGGACUUUACUGCGAGAAGAGCGAACAGGAGAGGAUGUGAACCGCAGACUCCUGUCCGUUGUGAACCACCAGGAACGCACAGACUCGGGGGCCAGUCCCACCUCAAAGUCCCUUGAGGUGACCGCAGGGGUAGAUGGCACAACAGCAACCACCACCGUGACCACAUCCACCCCGCCUCACCACGACAAAGCCAUGGCAGAGCCAACAGGGCCUGCGAGAGCCCCUCAGCUAUCCGAAUCAGAAGAAAGGGUCACCGCUGACCAGUCCACAUUUCUCCAGAGACAGUUCAGCUCCAUGCUGCAGCCAGGGGUCAACAAGUUCUCUCUACGAAUGUUUGGCAGUGCGAAGGGUGUUGCAGCUGAGCAGGCAAGGGUCAAGUCGUUUGGGGUUUGGAUUAUACAUCCAUAUAGUGACUUCAGGUUCUAUUGGGAUUUAGUAAUGCUGUGCCUGAUGAUGGGCAACCUUGUCAUUCUACCAUGGGGAAUCACUUUCUUUGAGGAUCAGAACACGCUGCCGUGGAUCACCUUUAAUGUGGCUUCCGACACCCUCUUCCUGGCUGACCUCGUCUUCAACUUUCGAACUGGCAUUAUGGAAGGCGACAACUCCCAAAUCAUCCUGGACCCGCAAGUGAUCAGUCGGCGUUACCUGCGAGGCUGGUUCCUGGUGGACUUCAUCUCUUCCAUUCCGGUGGACUACAUCUUCCUGGUGGUGGAUAUAGAAGCCCGGCUGGAGUCGGCAGAGGUGUACCGCACCGCCAGGGCUUUGCGCAUCGUCCGCUUCACCAAGAUCCUCAGUCUCCUCAGACUGUUGCGCUUGUCCAGACUUAUACGUUACAUUCAUCAGUGGGAAGAGAUCUUUCAUAUGACCUAUGACCUUGCAAGUGCAGUAGUUCGCAUAGUGAAUCUGAUUGGAAUGAUGCUGCUGCUGUGUCACUGGGAUGGCUGCAUGCAGUUCAUGGUGCCCAUGCUGCAAGAUUUCCCGCCAAACUGCUGGGUCUCCAAAAACAACAUGGUGAAUGCCACUUGGGAUGUCCAAUACUCCUAUGCCCUUUUUAUGGCCAUGAGCCAUAUGUUGUGUAUUGGAUAUGGUGCUCAGGCACCUGAGGGACCAACCGACGUCUGGCUCACGAUGAUUAGCAUGAUUAUUGGCGCCACCUGCUACGCCAUGUUCUUGGGCAAUGCCACCAACCUGAUCCAGUCGUUAGAUGCUUCCCAUCGUCAGUAUCAAGAGAAGUACAAGCAGGUGGAGCAGUACAUGUCCUUCCACAAGCUGCCGGCUGACAUGAGGCAGAGGAUCCAUGAUUAUUAUGAGCACCGCUUCCAGGGCAAGAUGUUUGACGAAGAAAAUAUUCUUGAAGAACUCAGUGACCCAUUAAAAGAGGAGAUAGUGAACUAUAACUGCCGUGGGCUGGUGGCUAACAUGCCGCUUUUUGCAAACGCUGAUCCUCACUUCGUCACAGUGCUCCUCACAAAGUUGCGCUUCGAGGUCUUUCAGCCAGGUGAUUUAAUCAUCCGUGAAGGGACACUUGGUCGUAAGAUGUACUUUAUCCAGCAUGGCUGCGUCAGCGUGAUCACUCAGGACAAUAAAGAGAAGAAACUGAAUGACGGCUGCUACUUCGGGGAGAUUUGUCUGCUGACCCGUGGACGCCGUACAGCCAGCGUCAGAGCCGACACAUACUGCAGACUUUAUUCGCUCAGUGUGGACAGCUUUAAUGAAGUCUUAGAGGAGAACCCAUUAAUGAGGAGGGCGUUUGAGAGCGUAGCGGUGGACCGGUUGGAGCGUGAGCGUGACGGAAACGGCUAUGUGUAUUCAUACAAGAGUGUGGAGGAUGUUGGAGACUGAUGGAUUCUCUGUCUUUGUGAACUUUGACUGACUGGUGACUCAUCGAAGAUGAAUGAAUGUAGAAAAAAAACCAUGGUGUUACAGUGUCCAUAUACACGACCAGUCAAAAGUUUUUGAACAGUAAGAUUUUUUAUGUUUUUUUAAAGAGGUCCUUCUGCUCACCAAGGCUGCAUUUGAUUAAAAAUGUAGCAAAUUAGUAAUAUUGUGAAAUAUUUUACUAUUUAAAAUAACUGUGUUCUAUUUUAAUAUAUUUUAAAAUGUAAUUUAUUCCUGUGAUCAAAGCUAAAUUUUCAGCAUCAUUACUCCAGUCUUCAGUGUCACAUGAUCCUUCAGAAAUCAUUCUAAUAUGCUGAUUUUUAUUAUUAUUAUCAAAAUUAAAUAUAUUAACACGGUUUAUUCAUUUUUUAAGGAUUCUUUGAUGAAUAGAAAGAUCCCAAGAUCAGCAUUUAUCUGAAAUAAAAAGCUUUUGUAACAUUAUACACUACCAUUGUAGAAAGUAAUACUUUUAUUUAGCAAGGAUGCUUUAAAUUGAUCAAAAGUGAUGAUAAAGACAUUUAAAAUGUUACAAAAUAUUUCUAUUUUCAGAUAAAUGCUGUUCUUCUGAACUUAUAUUCAUCAAAGAAACCAGAAUAUUUUUUUUACUCAGCUGUUUUCAACAUAAUAAUAAUAACAAUACUACUACUACUACUACUACUAAUAAUAAUAAUAAUAAAUGUUUUUGAGCAGCAAAUCAGAAUAAUAGAAUGAUUUCUAAAGGACCAUGUGGCUGAAAUAAUGAUAAAAAUUCAGCUUUGAAAUCACAGGAAUAAAUUACAUUUUAAAAUAUAUUUAAAUAGAAAACAGUUAUUUUAAAGAGAAAAAAUAUUUUAAAAAUUUUACUAUUUUUUCUGUGCUUUGGAUCAAAUAAAUGCAGGCUUUGUGAGCAGAAGAAACUGUUUUUAAAAACAUUAAAAAUCCUACUGUUCAAAAACUUUUGACUGGUUGUGUAAUUGACAUUAAAGACAAUGUACAGUUGCAGUAUGGUGUGAUUUAUCUAUUUAAAAUAGUUAUAUCUUAUUCUUAAUUUGGCAAUGCAAUGUAUAGGAUCAAAAAUAAACAAUAUCAGUCCUGUAGUUCUUAUAAUGUUUAGUUGACUACUAAGAUACUGGAUCCAUGUAAUUCAUUUCAGUCAGAAACCCUUAGUUUAGCAGGGACCCUGAUGAAUGUGGGAAACAAAUAUGUAAGCAGCAAUUUAUAUAUUAUAAUACAAGUACAUUAACGAUACAAUAAAAUUAAAUGAACAUAGCAUAAACAUACCCUCCUGAUGAUACCAGCUACUAGUCAAGGAAUUGCUCCCUGUUAAUUUUGCAUUUAGCAAAAUAUCCUCAAGGCUGUUUUGAAUAUGUUAACUUAGUACAGCUCAUGUUUAACUCUUCAAUCAUUGUCUUUGACAUUUCUUUCAUUUAAAAUCCUCCAGGCAGCCACCAGCAUACAACAGUGUUGCACUUAUUCAGUCUUUCUUUAUUGUCAUUGCUGGUGGAAGGUCUCUGGAUGUAUCAGUGAUUCCUUGUGGAGGCAAGCAGAUAAUCAAAUUGAAGUAAUAUAUAAGAUAAUAUGUCUAUUAGUUGUUUUAUAAUAGAAUAGAGUACUGAGUUCUAAUUGCUUUCCGGUUCAACAUUGAGCACUUAAGAAUAUCAUGCACUGUAAGAAAAGAUGUCUGCUAACUCAAAGACAUGGAUGAGCUGGGACAUCCUGCCCAUUGUCCUCUUAACUUCAAAUUAAAGUAUUAAACAAUAUGAGUCACAUAAUCACAGAUUAAACUCAUUUCCGUUUGGCCUGAGCCCAUACUUAUCUGCGAUAAUCGGUUAUGACGAAAAUAACCCUUGGAGAGGAAGUUGUUUUCAGGUGUGCGUUUGAGGAAAAUAUUUAGGCCUAAUUAAUAUUUCUACUCUUCUCUGUGGCUGGAAAUAAAACAUAUUACCCCGAAUAAUGUGUGAUAUUAUAGAGAUGAAUGAGGAGUAUUAUGGGAAAAAAACAACUGAUUUUAAAUGGAAAUGUUAAUUUGAUGUUUUUCAUAUGCCACUAUAUUAUUAACUGUUGAAUACAGUCGCUGUACAUGAGUACAUACAGUUUGAUAGAAGUUUACCAGCAUAAUUUGUCAUUUUUUAUAGGAAAUUUAUUUAAUUGGUUUCAUCAACACCAAAUAAAACUACA